AUGGCAGAGCACAUGAGCUAUAGUGCUCUGUUAAGAGAAGUGAUUAUGGACACACAAGACAUCUCAAGCUUAGAAAUCAACUUUAACCUAGAGUUACAGGGUCAAAAUGGUUCAGCAUCUGCUUCAGAGCCUAGUACACCGAUCCUUAAAUCCUCGAUCCAGACGAAUGAUCAUCAUUCGUCGUCCUCAAAUACUGGAAAUGCACAAUCAAUUUUUUGUUUGGGGAAAGAAGUCCGAGCAACGGAGCUUCUGAUGCAAGUUAUGGUAAAUGCUGAGUCUUAUAAAGCCAGGAUUUAUGAUCUGGCUGUUGCAGCAGCAGGGGAACUUACACAAAAGGCCUGCACUGCAAAGCCCUUGUGGAUUUUUGAAGAGGAUAGGGAAACUGAGACGCUCAAUGUUCCUGAGUAUAAACGCAGAUUUGAGUCUCUUGAUUCAACUCUAGAAGAAGUUAUAAGGUUGUUAUCAGUCGGAGAGCCUAACGAAUUGUCAUCAGAGCUUUCUAGAAAUGCUAAGCUACUAGGGAAAUACGGCAAGGAGCCUGAUCUAAUGCAUCUUAUUAAUGGACACCAAACCGCUUUUAAAACUGAAGCCUCUCGAGAGACAGAGAUUGUGCCAAUGAACCCAAUAAACAUUGUUGAUGUUCUUAUUGAUGUGGAACAAUGGUCACUUGUUUUCUGUGAUAUUGUCUCAGAAGUCUCAGUUCUUGGAUUUAUGUCAAGUGGAGAGGAGUUGGGAAAUCCUAAUGGAGCCUUGCAAGUGGUAAAAGCAGAACUUCAUGUUGCCUCGCCCCUGCUUAAGACUAGGGAGAUAUAUUUCGCAAGAUAUUGUAAACAAAUGACUGCUGCUAAUACGUGGGUCGUGGUGGACGUUUCCUUGGAAAGUAUUUUUCCUGAUAUGGUAACACAGUGUCGAAGAAAAGCAUCAGGUUGCUUGAUCCAAGGCCUUGAAAAUGGAUUUUCCAAGGUUACCUGGAUUGAGCAUAAUGAAAUUGAUUACAGUUCUGUUCCUAAUAUGUUCAGAAAACUAGUUUCUUCAGGCUUUGCAUUUCAGGCAAAACGUUGGAUAGCUACGUUGCGUAGGCAGUGUGAGCGACUCAAAUUAGUCGUGGAGGACGAUAAUGAUGGAAGGAGGAGUUUACUGCAACUUUCGCAGAGGAUAAGUAGAAGUUACAAUGAGGCUGUACGAGGUUCCACAGAGAGCCAUUGGCAACCACUGCCGACGACGAAUGGUGAAAAUAUACUAGUCAAGACGAGCUUUAAUGUGGAUGAUCCGGGGCAUCCGCAUGGGGUUGUCAUAACUGUUGCAACUUCGCUAAGACUAAAUAUCCCACCAAAUGAUGUUUUCGAGUUCCUUUGCUCUGGGAGUAACCGCAGCAAGUGGGAUCUCCUCUCUCAUGACUGUGCAACUCAAGAUAUAGCAUACUUUGCCACUGGCCGUGAGCCUUCAAGUCGUGUUUCCCUCGUAGUAGUUGAGGUAGCUAAUGCUCGUGUAGGUUUUCUAAUUCUUCCAAAUGUUUACGUAUAUAACAUGGAGGUGUUUGAUGUGUAG